AUGGAUUCAAGAGUUCUUAAAUCGAGGAAUGAAAUAUUUCAGGAGCUCAAACCAUACUGCGUUAGCCUCAGUCAAUUGGCAUUGAAGAAUGCUGGUGACAGCAACUCUCUAAUAUCAUCGACGGAAAAGCUUCUUGGGGCACUGCAGCUAAGCUGCGAGAGUGAAGCUUUCGAUGAGAAAUUGGCAGACUGCAGUAUGCUACCAGAUGUCUUCUUUCCAUUAUCCCAGAUCCUGCGUUCAAGACGAACAUAUACAGACAAAUUAUCAGAGCUCACCGUGAAAUGUCUUAGGCUGCUAUUGGAGCAGGGUUGGCGAAAUUACAUUGCUAUAGAUCUUGCCAAACAACUCUUGAUCCUUCUGACCUUGAUGGUUGGAGGAGUGCCAGGGCAAAAUUUAAGACCAGCCCCAGAAGAACUCAUCGUUGAAGCGCUUGGUGCCCUUGCGGCUUUGUUUGUCGACUUGGCGCGCACCCCCGAAGGUUCCACUACCAUCACAGAUGGAAGUAUCAUACCAGCAGUUGGACACUGCAUUACAACGAUACUCGAUGCAAUCACAGAAGGGCCAUCGGCGGAAAUACAAAUAGAAGGCCUGAAUGCUUUGAAAGCUGCAUGGAACUGCAUCAAAAAUGUACAAGCCCAUGCCAAUUUCCUUCCAGGAACGGUCUCGACGCUCACGAAAUGCCUCACACCUACCACAAACUCUCGAAGGUCACAGAAAACCACUGUCAUGGCAUUAGAAAGUCUACAGCUGGUUCUGACCACGGUCUUGAGUGAUAUUAGAACUCGCACCAUCAGGGCAAGUGACAAUAUGGAGAUAAAAACGGGAAAUGAGGGCCAACAAGAUGUGCUCACAAAAUCCUGGCUCACUGCUACUACUUCUCAGAUCAAACUCUCGCUUGCGAAUGUCGUGAAAUUACGCACACAUAAAUCUAACAAUGUCCGGAUUUCACUCAAUCGAUUGUGCAUCGUCCUCUUAGACGAGUGUCAUGAUACGUUGGCUGAAUCGACUUCCAUACUUGUGGAAACUUGUUUAUCAUUAGCUAGUACAGAAGAUACUGUCGAAACAGGGAGAACAUCUAUUAUAGAUCUGGCCGUCAUACAUUCAAACAUUGGUGAGUUCAUCAAAGGAACCUUUUACCACUGGGUCAACAGCUUGCCACGAGUGAUGCAAAUGAAUGAUGAGACUGCCAAGGUAUCUGCACUACAUCAACUUUCCGUAUCCUAUGGACUAUUGACUACGUUGAAUUUGGGCUCUUCUAUGCUUGACGAAGCACUUUCAAAAUCGCUACGAGACAGCCUUUCCAGUGUAAUAGAAACCUCUUCAUUGCCCAGGAUGAUGCAAGAGACUUCAUUUGACCCGAAUACUCAGAGUCUGAUGGUUUUAUCGGGCGAGAAUAUGCUUUUGAGAGAUUUUUCACCCAUACUGAUGCCAGAGGAAAGUCAAAAGUCCACACGAAUCGCAAUGUCAACAUUUUUAAGCUCAUUGAGUGUAUCGCAAUCACGAAUGAGUAUGGCCAACGAGAUGCUUGAGUAUGUCCGACAAGCCUCUGGUCCAGGUUUACUGGCUGCCUACUGGAUUUCAUCCCAACUGAUACAGUUUGCUUUUUCCAAUAGCGAGGAAAUGGAUGAAUUUAUUGAAUCGUCACUUCUCACUUCCGAUGACUAUCUAGCCACGAGUCAAGAUUUGUAUUCCUACUCGAUAUCAGUUUUAUCCAGCGAAGGCAAUAACUUGGACUGGCGAAUAAGAGCCGUCGCGCUAGAGGUCGUGUCUAACUCGGCUCAGCGCCUGAAGGAAGACUUUCGAGUAGAACUUGUGGAUGUACUAUACCCCGUGUCGCAGCUUUUAGGUUCACCCGACCGCGGUCUAAGAGAGCGUGCGACUGUUUGUCUCAACGUACUCGCAAAUGCUUGUGGGUACCCAAGUACUCGAGAACUCAUCGUGGAGAACGUUGAUUAUAUGGUGAACGCAAUUUCAUUGAGGUUAAAUACAUUUGACAUAUCACCUCAAGCUCCACAGGUGCUAAUAAUGAUGAUUCGACUGACGGGUCCGUCCUUACUUCUUUACCUCGAUGAUGUGGUAUCUUCUAUAUUUGCCGCUUUGGACAAUUUCCAUGGCUACCAGGGAUUGGUAGAAGGCCUAUUUGCUGUGCUUGGAGAGAUUGUAGAGACUGGCGCACAAUCUCGCCAAUUGCAACUACCUGAUGUACCACUUAUUGACGACACGAAAGCUAGGGCUCCCGUCAUCAGACUCACUAAUAUUGUACAGACAAUUGAGAAGCAACAUCGAAGAGUUAAAGCCGAGCAAGGUACCGUACCUGAUGGCUUCCCACGAGAGCCAUGGAAAAACGCUUCCGCACUACUGGAUGAGGCCGGUGAAAGGGGCGAAAACAACGAAGAUGAAUCCGGCGAAGCAACCGAGAUACAAAAGGCACCACCAACAAAAACUUACGCGAUGGUCCAGAGCAUCAUUCGACUAUGCCAGCAUUAUCUCACAAACCCAUCCCCAAUUUUACGCACCCGAUUACUUGGUCUAAUCAGCACAUCUUCCGCUGCUUUACAGAGGGACGAGGUUAGCUUCUUACCCCUUGUCAACGAUAUAUGGCCAGUAGUCAUAGACCGACUCUACGACAAGGAAUCACACGUAGCCAUCGCAGCCGCAGACUCCAUAGCCACCAUCUGCAGAAGUGCAGGCAGCUUUCUCACCACAAGAAUUGCCAUGCAGUGGCCUCGCCUCAUGACCCUGGCUAGACAGACCAGGGCCAACAUGUUGACCGAGAAGUCUGGAUCUGGGAGUCGUGGAAGGUACUCGCAGGUAGCGCAGAUGUGGGAGAGUAUCGUGAAGCUUUUGGUAGCGAUAGUGGAAUGCACGGGAGUGAACGAUGAAGCGUUUGAUGAUGUUCUGGAUCUUCUGGCAAGUAUGUUGCCGGACAGAAGGGAUAUUCGUGAGGCAUUAUCAGCCGUGAAUCCCGAUUCUAUUUGGUUAGUACUGCAGGCUGGUGUGAAUCGUGAAUUCAAAACACCUUCACUUGAUGGGCCCGACAGUGAUACCGUUCAGGACAAAAACUCAGAAAUGAAAUAA